AGUCCUGCCUCUGAGGUGCCACAUGCACGGAUCCCCUCCGCGCGUUUAGGGGGCUCGAUGUAGCAGCAGCAGAAGAACAAGAAGAAGAAGAAGACGAGAGAGAGAGAGAGAGAGAGUGACAGAGUGAGAGAGUGAGAGAGAGAGAGAGAGAGAGAGAGAGAGGUGCGGGGAAACAUAGAUCGUCUCCUCCUGCAAACGCAUCCGUGCAUGCAGGGCGUGUGGAUGUGAUGCCCACCCGGGGAGAGAUGGUGUAAACAAACCCGCUUUGCCCCGUCACUGAGCUCCACCACGGAGGUAGGUGAAACAUUUUACAAUCAAUACUUGAUCAUCAGACAUUGAUCCGUGCUCGUUUUUUUGUCUAAAUGCUAAUGCACAAGGAGGAGAUAAUGAUCAAAAUCUGGGACGUUUCCUCUCAGAUUACGCGUCAUUUUUACACAUGAAACGACGUGAUGAGACAAAAAUUUUAACCUUUUUUCGUUUUUCUUUCAUUCUUUCUUUCUUUCUCUCUUUCUUAUCAAACACAUGAAUCGAUACAGAGGUGAUUUCAUUGAAACAUUUCACUGAAGGUUUUGUCCAGACAGAGCUCGGAGCAGACUGAGAGGAUACUCUGUCAUUUUUUUCCCUCAUCAUAUCGUGCAUUGUGCAUCAUUUACCCGGUAAAAGUGUCGUGCAUUAUAUUUUAGAGGAAAAUCCAAGGCCUGCUGAAUAAAACCCAAAACCUUCAUAUGUGUGUGUAUGUACGCGCAUGUGUCAGUGUGUGUGUGUGCGUUUUCGAGCACACGGUGGGGGAUGAAUUCUCCAUAGACACACACGGGCUAAUUGACAAGGUAUUGGUUGGCAUUAAUUACAUUGUGCUUACAAGAUUAGGAAAAAAUACGUCCUUGGACUCCAUCUGUAGAGUUGAUCUCAGAAUAUUCUGGAAAAAUCUGACAGGAUGUGAGAAGAUACAGAUUUUUGCUUAAAUAGGAUUUACAUUUCAUGAUUAAAUCUGGAAUAAAAGACUCUUCAAAAAGGUUUAACUUCAGGUUUCAAGUAACAAAGAUGUAGAAAUGUUUCUUUUAAACUAUUGAAAUAUAAGGUUUACUUGAAAGUAGGACUUUUUGUUUAAUUAGCCUAAAAAAAUUGCUUUUUAAAUAUCCAAAAAAAGAUGUUCAAGGUCAUUUUCUGAAGCACUCUUAUUGUUUCUAUUUCAGACCGAGUUUAGUCCAACAUUAAAAAUGUCUCAUGCCGUUUACACUGUGGCCUUUGAGGUCUCGCGAGGUGUCCAAAAUGAACCUAAUGAGUCAGCAGAGACUGUCUUUCAAAAAUUAUCUCAGCUAUCCAAAGAGAGAACUGCAUUUGCCUUUGUAAGCUACAGACCUUUUCCUAAAUGAUGGAUCUUUUAAAUAAAUACCUCUACAGUAGAUCCUCUAACCUGUUCAAUCAGGUGUUUGGUGGGUUUAGGUGUGCGGCCUAGGGGCUGUGCUGGAAUUCCUUCCGGUUGGUGAUUUAUAAGACGGCGGAGGGACCCGCACCCUUAAUGCGUCUCUGGGGACGCGCUGGGACAGGCCAGCAUCGACACACCGAGGAUCAAGUGCAGGCCGAGGGAUUGAAAUUAAACCAAUAACAUAAAUCAAUAAAAACAACUACAGGAAUUUAGAUAACCCACUGACUGAGAAUAUUUCUUGUCUUUAAUAAUAAAAAAAAGUGUAAAAUAGAUCAAGUUACCAUACUUAGACCUUUGGAAUAGAGGUAUCUGCACGUCUUUGAGGCCUCACAUCCCAUAAUAUUUUCAACCUUUUUCACUGCAUAAAAUUAGUAAAGGCAUUUUGUGGUUUGGACAAAGAAAUAAGAAUUUUAAAAGCAGUGUUUCCAUUCACACACUUUAGAAAUCAAGACCUGUUUUUUCUCUUGUCUUCUCGAGCAGGAGAACAAUGUGGGGGAAAUAAGUGCUUCAAAUUAAAGACAAUUCCAGAUUUGAAAUUUUCUCUAAAACAAACACCAUGCCCCCUCUUGGUGAGGGGGAGCCUCUAUCUUUAAGGUCCGGGGAAGCUUCUUGCGCACCUGUGGGUAAACAGCACAGCUAAACCUCCGCCUGUUCUCUCUUGCAGUUUGCUUGCCACGAUGUUGAGUCGUCUGUUCAGCGAGGUGCUGCCGGACGUCCAGAGGCUCGCGGCCGACUGGGUGGACACUGAGAGCGAGGACUGCAAGGCCAAGGACGACGAGCACGAGCGCUGUCGCCUGGUGGAUGACGACCUGGACGAGGCGCAGGAAGACAGCAGCCGAGCCGAGUCCGAGAUGGCCGGCGACGACGACGAUGACGACGAGGGAGAGGAAGAGGAGUGCGAGGAUGAAAACAGCGGCGACAAGCCCAAGAAGCGCGGCCCAAAGAAACGCAAGAUGACGGCCGCGCGCGUGGAGCGCUCCAAGGUGCGCAGGAUGAAGGCGAACGCGAGGGAGCGCACGCGCAUGCACGACUUGAAUUCAGCUUUGGACAACCUGCGCAAAGUGGUGCCAUGCUACUCCAAAACGCAAAAACUCUCCAAGAUAGAGACUCUGAGGCUGGCCAAGAACUACAUCUUAGCUCUUGGGGAGAUUUUACGCAACGGGAAACGUCCAGAUGUGGUGACCUACGUGCAGAUGUUGUGUAAAGGCCUGUCCCAGCCCACUACCAACCUGGUGGCAGGAUGUCUGCAGCUCAACACCAGGAACUUCCUGACUGAGCCGUGCUCAGAGGGAGCCCGCUUCCACAUGCCCAGUUCCCCCUUCUCCGUCCAUCCAUACUCAUACCGCUGCUCCCGCCUCUCCAGCCCGCAUUAUCAGUCCGGAUCCGGAGCGAUUAACCUGCGGAGCCAUUCCUACGGACCUGGGUACGAGGGCGUGUACCCCACGGGCGGGACGUCCCCUGACUAUAGCAGCCCGGACUACGAAGGCCAGCACAGCCCGCCUGUCUGCCUGAAUGGAGGACUGUCCGGGAGGCAGCAGGAGUCUUCUGACGCGGACAGGAACUAUCAUUAUUCUAUGCAUUACUCCGGACUGACUACGGCCCGGCCCGGCCACAGCAUCCCCUUUGGGCCCUCGGGCGCGCGCAGCGGAGGUGCGCACUCCGAAAACAUUCCACCUUUCCACGACGUGCACUUGCACCACGACAGGGCGCCCCCCUACGAGGAUCUCAAUGCUUUUUUCCAUAACUGAGCCCUUACAAUCAGACCUGACAAUGACAAUCCUACAGUGUAUAUUGUUUGGGAAGCAGAAGAAGGAUGAGGCAGAGAGAGUCCCCUGAUUACCUUCUGUAUUCUGAUGUCAUCCCUAUACUGUUGUACUUCCUGUCAAAGUGUGUCCAGUAAUCUCCUGUAUGCAGAAUGAGUGCAAAUGACAUAAACCCUGUACUGGCCUAAACAUGUUAUGACACCAACAGCAGAAAUAAAAAGUGUUUUAUAAUUGUCUGACAUGAUUGAAAAACAUUAUUGUGAGC